UGUCUUCGUUGUCGUCGUCGUCGUCGUCGCCCUGAACGCGAUCGCGCUUCCCACCGCCGGUGACUUCUGAGUCCCCGAGCCCGACGCCCGGAGGACGAGCGAUGAGCCUGCCGAUCUCUCGAGCCGUCCCGAUUCGCGAUCGCUCGCUGCGGCGGCCCGAGCCGACCUUGACCUUUCAGCCCCCAGGAUGACGCCGAAUCCUGAGCCUGUUCAACCGAUGGCUCCUGGCCAAGUGCUCCGUUGGCCCUCUCCUUGGAAGGAGGCCCACCUGCCCUGCUUCCUCCUGACCCCACUCAUGGACCUUCCCAGCUGGACAUGGAGCCAUCGGAGGGGCUUAAGGCCUCUCCAGUCCUGGCCGAUGGAAUCACUAAGGGGUACAGCUACUACUACUACUGUGAAGGCUUCUCCGCUGGCCAACCGGGCUCCCUGGGGCAGGCGGUCUGUAGGGGACACCACGGCAGCUAUCAUCGUUGUUAAGAAUGGAGCAGUUUCUGGGACCCCCGGUCGGGACCUGAGAGCCAACAGUCCUCGCCCAGAAGCCCAGGGCCUUUGUGGAGAUGGUGAGUCCCACGGCAGAUCAGCAUCCCGUCUUCCGACUGUUCUCCUGGGCCCUGACCAGCGGCUACAUGCCCCGCAUGACCCUGCAGAGGAGAAGGGAUUCGAGGAAGGAGCAGUUGCCAUGGAGAAAGAAGCAGGCACGUUCUCACCUCCCCACCUGGAGAGGUGGCCACCAGCUGCAGUGGCCAAAGGAGACAGGGAGACAGUCAAGAAAGGGAGGUCAUGGCCCAUGUGUUGGCAGUUACAUCCAGCUCCUAACACAGCCACAUCUGGAAACCAGGCUUCGAAGAAGGCCUGGGUGGGCCGACUGGGUGAAGACAGAGACAGAGAGGAAAAGGAAGGAAAGGAGAAAGAGUCCAGAGCAACGGAGAAGGGAGGCGGCCUGGGGCCCUUUUCCAUCCCCCCAACCGCUUUCCUGAGGCCUUGGGUGUCCAGGCCUGAAGCCAACAUGGAGGGGUUUGGCAAUAAGGGAGCAGUGAAGGAGGACAAAGCAGAGGACCCUUUUUCCAUCCCCCCAACCCCUUUCCUGAAGCCUUGGGUGUUUUGGCCAGGAGAGGACAAGGAAGAGGAGGAGAAUGGCGAUUUAGGAGCAGCUGAGGGAGCACCUCUGGUUCCAGCUACCCACUCUGGUGCCUCCCGGAAUGUCUGUACGUUCUUUCGGGGAGAGGACACAGACUCAGAGGAAGAGGAUUGGGAGGAGGAGGAGGAGGAAGACAGUGAUGCAGGAGAUUCUGAGGGUCCUUCUUCCCUGAGUGUGCCCCUCAACACCCAUGUGGCCUGUCUGAGAAAAGACUGGGGUGAGGAAGACGAUGAAGAAGUGGAGUUUGAGAAAGACAAUAGUGACUUGGCAGUCACCGAGGGUCACGCUUCUCUCUCAAGCGACUUCCUCAGGAACUGGAUGUACCAGCCCAGAGAGGAGGAAGAAGAGGAGGAAGAGUUCUUAGAAGCAGCUGACUCCAGGCCAGAAGCCUCUCCAAGGGCCUGGAGCCCUGCCACGGAUCUGCCCGAGGAGCCCUGCAACUUCCAAGUGGCCUUUUAUUUACCUGGGGAGGCACCACCACCCCCCUGGGCACCCCCUCAGCCCCCACUCCGGCUCUGGCUGAGGCUCCAGUUCAAGCCCCCUGCUCCAUCUCCUCCAGAGCCUACGAUACCCCAAAAGGGUAGAAAGGUGCGUUUCUCGGAGAAAGUUACAGUCCACCUGCUGGCCGUCUGGGCCGGCCCAGCACGAGCCGCCCGCCGGGGCCCCUGGGAGCAGAUGGCGAGAGACCGCAGCCGCUUUGCCCGCCGCAUCGCCCAAGCCCAGAAGGAUCUGGGUCCCUACCUCACUGCUGUGGCCCGUGCCCGAGCCAGGGCCCGGCUCAGGAAACUCGCAGCAGCAGCUGCAGUGGCCCAACCCUCCCCAUUGGGGACCACCACCUCCUGUUCCUUCCAGGCCAUGCCCUUGAGCCCGGCAGCGGCCUCCUCCUGUCCCCUUCCUGCAGGCUCUCCUAGCCUCCUAGUCACUGGGAGACGGGGUUGAGAUCUAAGGGUGUGCCUACCCCUUCGUUAUUUAUUUAUUUAUUUAUUUUUAUUUUUAAAUUGGAUUAAAAUACUAUGUGGAAGAAA